AUGGGCAGCCUUCAGUUGGAUGAUUUUGUAGCUGGAUGGGUAGGAGGUAAGUGACCCUUGUGGGGUGCUGUGAAAAAGGAUCAGCAGAGGGGCACAUAUUGAGCUGAAUACUAGUUAACUCUGAGCUUGGCUGAUGGUACACAUGACAUUCUGUGUAAGUGUUCCAUGUAUGUUAAUAUGUCCAAUUUUGGAAGAAAAGUUCUGAAUUAAGCAGUAUUCCUUCAUUGUGCCUCAUGAAGUUUUAUCUACUUGUUAUGGAUAUAAAGACCUGUGUGUGUGUGUGUGUGUGUGUGCGUGCGUGUGCGUUUGUGUGUGUCAAAGGUAGCAUACUCACACCCACAGGUAAUGUAUAGUUCCGAUUUUUUUAAAAAAAAGUAUACUUCUGGGUGAAAUACCAUUAUUAGCAUAUCCUAAGUCAAUUAGCUAUGGAGACAGAGCCCAGUGUUUGGACAGCUGGGACAUUAUGUUGGCCAGUCAAAAUGCACCAUUCAUCCACUCCCUUGCCCUUCAUGAACUCCAGUUCUUUCUAGAAAUCCUGAUAAGAAAAUAUGGAUAAUUGCCAGCAUUUCCAGGCCACUUUGCUGCCUGUUUUCUGUGUGUGGACAAAAAGGCUGAUUGCCUCCCCUCACUCUUCUUGUUCACUUGGAUCCAGAGGUACUGUAAGGCCCUACAAAAAAAGAGAUCAUUUCCUCGGAUUUCCUCUUCCCAUGUAGCUCCCUAUCCUCCAUCAAAAUUUGCUCUGGAGAUGUGGGAAACAUAAAUAUUUAUGGGAAACAUAAAUACCAAUGGGCUGGAUUCAUAGAUCCAGUGGAUUUCUGCUCUUUGAAUGUUUCAGUUGAUAGAAAGGGGGAAGCGAAUUUCCCAAAUUUAUCUGCCAGCAGCCUUCUCCACAAAAACUGCAUCAGAGGCUCAGAAGACUCCUUUUCCACAAGAAUACAUGAGAAGUAAUGCGGGUAAUUUGAACCCCUGACCUUCCGAUCGGCGAGCCCAAGAGGGUCAGUGGUUUAGACCACAGCGCCACCUGCGUCCCUAGGGCAUGAAUAGGGGAAACUAAGUGAAAUUUACCUUUCCCUCCUCUAACCGAGAGAGCUUCUGCUGGACUGAAGCCAGAUCUGCAAAGAGAUGGAGCCCUUCCAGGAAUGGAAGAACCCCUUUUGCAAAUGGAAGGGCUCUGCUGGCUUCACGCCAGUUGUUUUUCUGGAUUCCUAUUGGGAAUCGAAAGGCAAUGCUUGCCAGAAUGGGCUACUAACAGUCCAUGAGUAAAUAUACACAUACACGAAGCAUUCAAAAGUGGAUCUUGUGGUGACAAGCGCUGCACUGUACAUGGAUGGGUAAAAUCUCUCAUCAGCUCCCUUUUUGCUCAGAAUUUACCAGCUCUCCGAGCAAGCAUUUGGGACAACCUCAUCUGUUUUCUGAAAACGUGGACUACAGGAGCCACAUGCACCCCAGGAGAUCACCUUGUGGUUUACGAUGGUGGCAUUUGCCAUGCAUCCAUGGCUACUGAGAGCUCAGAUAGACAAUUUGCCAGAUUUUAUUUUUUAUUUUUGGUAAAACUGUCCAAAGGAAACAUUCGGGACAGGAAAAAUUACUUUCUGUGCUUUUCUCAUUGGAGGAAUAGUCAUGCAAAAAGUUGCUUCAAUUUAAUGAGCUCUUGAUGCAUUGCAGCCCUUGAGAUGAAGCUGAAGAAAGGAACAGUCAUAGCUCGGUGCUAGCAGAGCAUCUGCUUUGCAUGCAGAAGCUUCUAGGUUCAGUCCCUGGCAUCUCCAGUUUGGGCUGGGAAUGUCCCCUGCCUGAGACCCUAGGGAGCUGCUGCCAGUAGACAACACUGAACUAGACAAACCAGCAGCUUAUGUUCCUAGGAGGAAUCGGAAAUACUGGUGUGUGUUUUUAGUAGAAAGGUCAUAUUGGGUAGUAUGGGCUAUUGUCCCUCCAGUAAUGGACAGCUGAUUCAGUAAAGGCUUAUGUAAGCAGAAUGGAGGGAGGAAAGCAAUUUUUGCAUAUUUCCUCUUCUCCCUGCAUUAUCUACCACCCACCCCUCCAAAUCCGCCUGGUGGAUUGGGGGACUCUUUGAACCAUGUGAGAGGUGGCAUGGGGGUGAAGAGGGGAGGGCAAAUUGGGAUCAAUAUUCCCCUCCUUGUUCCAUUGACAGGAGCCUCUGAUGGAUUAAAGAGCCUCCCCGUAGCAAGAAGCAGAAUUAGAUACGACUAACGUAUUCCCGAACCUUUGUUCAUGUGUUUACUGUAUUUUCCAAGUAUGACACAAAGUAAGACCCUCCUGGAUUGUAUCAGGGAUUUGUGGCUUUCUCCAGAAAGGAGAGCAUAUGAAAUGUCUGUGAUAGCUUUGCAAAGUUUCAUUGAGCCUGAUCCUCCUUCGAGCCAAAAAGGGGGUUGGUCUGUCUUAUCCCAUGAUUCUUUGUACUGUCUGAGGCAGAAUAUGCACAUAUUUCCCCCCUGUGCAAUGUGAGAGCUUCCUCUCUUCAUCAGGCCCUCAUAUGUUCAUUAGGAAGAUCAUUGAAUCUUAGAACUGUAGAGCUGGAAGAGAGCCCAAGGGUCAUAUUGGUGGUGGGUGAUGAAAGGAUUCUGCUUCACAGAUUACAAUGAAGCAGAGAACAGGAAGUACGAGUGGCUUGUGCUUCCUUUGGCGCUCUCCACCAAGUCAUAAGAUUCUAAGUCACUGAAGAGAUGAGUUAUAGAGAAGAACAGGAGUACAGUCUUCCUUGUUUUCUUCUUUUGAGGAAUUUCCCUACUCCUUAGAUUGGGUUGCCACAUUCAGUGUUUGGCCCUCCUUCUCUGGCCUUGGAGACGGCCUUAGAUCUCAGGUCCAACAGCUUCUCCAUUGGCUUCCCCACUCUCUCAUACCCAGUUCCAGGGCUUUCCCUCAUAAUGAUGUGAAUGCUUGUGCUCUCUUGAUAUUGACUGUUCGUGCCUUCCUGCUUUUAAGAGGUGCGAAGAUGUAUAGUACUGAAUUGUAAUCCUACCCCUUUCAGGAGAACCUGAGGUGACAGCCUCUUAUUGUUAUUUGCAGAGUAAGAGUUCAGGCAUGCAGGUGUCCCAGGAAAAUGUAUGAGAUCUUCUGAAGAGGCUGCAACAAUAUCCUUUAGUUUACCAGAAGUGAGCAUAGAAGGAGGUUGGGGUGGAAGAUGGACUGGGGGUGUUCCUGGUAACCCUGUUGAAUUUCUUAAGCAGGAGAAUCAUGUGCACCAUCUUGAGCGCCUUGGGAGAAAAUGUGGUAUAUAUAAAUCAUAGAAUCAUAGAAUUGUAGAGUUGGUCAUCUAGUCCAACCCUCUGCAAUGCAGGAAUCUCAGCUAAAGCAUGUAAAUACGUAAAUACAUACAUACAUACAUACAUACAUACAUACAUACAUAAGUGGCAAAUAGAAAAGCCAGCUAUCCCAGGUCUCUUGUUUUGCUAAUUAACUCUUAUAAGAGAGACUGUUAGUUACUUUGCAAAAUCCUUGGAGUAAGAGAAAUAAGGCUAUUUUUCUCAUUGCUUCUUACCCUAAGAUACAUAGCUUUUGUAACAGGUGUAAAAUUCUUAUAUUUCACUUGAUGAAAGAGUUAAGGAAGGGGGAAGUCUUCAAAUUACAGCCUAAUAGUGUGUGUGUGUGUGUGUGUGUGUGUGUGUGUGUACACACACACACACAGUGGUACCUUGGGAUGCGAACGGGAUCCGUUCCAGAGCCCUAUUCGCAUCCUGAACAGAACGUAAGACGCGUCUGCUUCCGCGCAUGCGUGUGACGUCAUUUUGACUGUCUGUGCAUGCGCAAACGGUGAAACUCCGUUACUUCCGGGUCACCGUGGAGCGCAACCCAAAAAUACUUAUCCUGAAGCAUAUUUUUCCCAAGGUAUGACUGUGUGUGUGUGUGUGUGUGUGUGUGUGUGUAUAGUGCCAUGCUCAUGCAACAUCCUCUUCUGUUUUUCAAUGGGCAAAUGUUCAUUUGGCGAAUAGCACAGCCUGCCGUCUUGCUAUUACCUCCCAAGGGAGCACAUUUCACGGCCACCAGCCUUUCCAGCUGAUUCUGUCUGGUGGCAGUCCCAGACACUGUAGUGGUUGUUUAUACUGUAAAGCUGUAAAAUGACAAGGUAAUUAACGGUAAGGAAAAUGUAAAUGACCUGUCACCUUUACAGUAGACACAGGAUCAGUUCUAGUGAAGAUUUACUAGCGGCAAAUGUUGUUUACUCACAUUACUAAAAAUAAACUCCAGUUGCACUGUGUGUACACGUGAUAAAGAGGGAUGGUCUGCCUUGCAUGCUAUCUUUCUAGUAAAGGCACAACAUGUUUACCAUGCUAAAAAGGUAACGUAUUAGGAAGCUCUUAGGACCACUGAGUUGAUUUUUUAUUUUUAAAUGACAAAUGGGUUGGAUCAUGAAAUUCUGUGAAUGGAGUUCCACUCUUGCAGUGCUCCCUCUUAUAGAUACAGGGAGAGGCAAUUUCCAUUGAAUGGCACUACAGUAUAUAUAUUUAUAUCUCCACUCAUUAGUGCAUAUUCACUGGGUACUUUAUAAACACUUUCAGUCCCUGAAAAUCUCCUCUGGAUAAUUGGGGGAUCCUUCAAUCCUUCAUGGAAGGUGGUAUAGAAGCUUGAAGCAGAAAGGUGGGAAAUUUGGCCAAAAAUUAAAAUAAAUCACCUCCAUCAGUGAGAGUCUCUGCUGGAUCAAAGGCUCUCCAAGAAUGGAAGAUCAAUUCUGGAUCCAAAAUUCUCUCUUCUAUUCCACCUACAAUUUUACAUUAAUUUUUAAAAAGAAAAAGGUGGGAAGAAGAUUGUUACUUCAUGUACAGAACUACUCAUGUUCUCAGACUUUGCUUAAACAAUAUAACAAGGAACAGUAACUGUUCAAAUUUGGGCGAAUGAUAAAAGUAUAGUUUUAUAAGCAGGCGAGACUGAUGGUCCAAUGGUCAAUAAGGUGAUUUCUGCAAGUGCUGUAGAGAGAAAUGAGGGGCAGGUAGCCCGGCCUGAUCAGAUCUAGUGAUCUUAUAAUAGAAUUCCAAGAACUGAUCUUAUUAACACCUUGUGAUACAACCCAAGAUCUCAGUGGUAGAGCAUCUGUCCUGGAUGCAGGAAACACCAGGUCCAAUCCCUGGUGUCUCUAUGUAGGGAUGGAAAAGGCUUGUGCCUGACACCUUGGAAUGCCAUUGCCAGUCAGAAUAGACAAUCUUGAGCUAGAUGGACCAUGGGUUAGAUUCAUUAUAAGGCAACUUCCCUAUGUUUCUAAUAGAUAAACAGAACACAAUUCUUGCACAGAGAGCAACUAUUGAUUAAGUUUGGAACCUAAGGCUUGUAUCCCAUGUAGUGCUAGGUAGCUGCAGGGCCGUAGGAAAGGGGGGUGGGGGCCAUCAUGGAGAUGGGUGACAAAUUAUCAAGGAACAAUUACUGCCCUACUAGGGCGGUUCAUAAAAAAAACUUUUCUUUUGAAAAUGCCUGCUCCAAAGGUCUUAUCUCACUACACUAGGGAUUAUAUAGCUACAUAUGAAAUUUCAUGCAUAUCAGUUAAUAUCUUGACCCUCCUCCACGAAAAUAGCUGUUUACUUGGCCUUUUUCCUAUGUCAUGAAGGCUGAAAUUUCAACAAAGCACGUGCCUUUGCUAGACUCUCUUCGGGCACCUGCUAAGAGCAUUCUUCUUUAGGCAAGCAUGCCUAGAUGCUUAGAAAGUUGAAGUAAUUUUAAUCUUAAUAUUUUAGCUUUUGUAUGUUUUAAAGUAGGAUUGUUAAUUUUUUUAUUUUAUUGCUGUGGUUUUUUUGUUUUUUGUUUUGGUAAACCACAUUGAAGGUUUUUAAAUAUAAAUUUUAUAAAAUAAAUAAACAAUAAAUAUAAAUCAAAUAACACAAGCCAAAACACAAUCCAUCCUGUAGCUUUAAGUAUCUGUCCAUAGUUGCAUACUUGUUAUCAGAGGCUCAGAAUCCACAUUCCUUUGUAAGAAAAUGUGAAAUAACGUAAAACCAUUUUUGCAGGCAAAAAAAAUAAUCAAUGGGGGGGGGGCGUGACAAAAAAAAAUUCCCCACCGGGUACCACCUGGCCUCUGGGUAGCUGUCAUAGAAUCAUAGAAUUGUAGAGUUGGAGUCAUCCAGUCCAGCCCCCUGCAUUGUCCCAUUGGUGCAAGGAUUUAUUCCCCCUCUCUCUUCCCACACCUCCUGUGCAUGCCGUGUGCCCUCCUCCCAAAAUCUGCUCUGGAGCAUUGGGAGGAAAUCCCAGAACAGAUUUAGGGGGCACGUAGGGGGAGGAGAAAAGGAAAAGCACCACUGCGCAAGUGGAAAUCCUUGUGCUGACAGGAUGGUUAUGCAGCGCUAUAUUGGAUACAAGCCUAACAGUUUCGAAACAUUGGCAGUAUUUAGAUCCUUGGUGGAAGGCAAGCCAAAAUGCCAAGGUGCUAAUUGCUUGGCUUUUCAUCUAACAGCUAAGCUGUAGUUGCCAGAUAUCUCAGCUUGAGAAUAACAACCGCAAAUACUGAUGGGUUCAAACUUGUUCUAUAGAUUGGUUGUCAGUACAUCAUCUGUGACUUACCUGGCUAAUGACCAAAGACAAGAAUGUUCAUUUCCUCAUCUGUAUACUUAAAUAAGUUUUGUCAUAGCACUCGCUCGGAAAAGUUAACAGUAUAUUUGACUCCACCUUGGUAUGUGCUAAAAGAAACACACCUUUGGGGCAGAAAAGUAUAGGUAGCUUUCUCUGAGUGAAAGUAAUUUGAUGGGAAUCCCUUCCAAUUAAGAUAAUGCAUCACAUAUGACACACACAAAAACAAACCUGAAAAGGGUGGAACUAAAUUUUACUCGGAAUAUUGAAAUUAAUGGGCUAAAUCUGUGAUGUUCAUUCAUUUCAGUGGGUUUGCUCUGAGUAAAACUUAGCUGAAUACCACCCUGAAACAGGAAACGGUUUCCAGAUGGUUUCCAAUAAUAGUUGCCAAUAAAGUUGAUCAAACUAAUUGGUUUCAAAUUGGUAGGCAAAUUCCUGCCCCAUUUAUUUACACUGGUUAACCAAUUACAUUGGUUUCAAUGUUAACCGAACCAAAUAGCAUGGUAACAAUUGGGAUUCUCGUCAAUAUUGUACUUAAAAACCUCCCCAGGAGCAAAAUCCUCUCCUGGCACCUUACUUCACAGAUGACGGUGAUGCAUUAGAUAUUUUCCUGCUGAAUGAGAAACAGGUGGGUAAGAAUUAAGAGUGUUAGCUCAGAUUUGGCAGCCUCCUCCUCUUGCACAACUACUGUCUUAUUGAAAAACUCUCAGAAAUGCUCCCAAGUAAGUAAAAAAACAAAAAAUCUACACAAAACUGUCAUUUAUUUUCUGCAUGAGAGAAAUAUGAAAACUUAAUUUCUGUAUGCAUGUUAUGCACGUCUUAUUCAUAGUAUGUUUAAUUAUUUGUCUGUAUUCUCAGUGUCUCCUGGCAAUUUUGAGUCAUCUUGAUCUCAAAUUGGGUGAACAAUCAACUGGAUGUAAAAAUCAAUGUUAAGGGUAAAGCUUUCAACACAUCCUGACUUGUAAAAGAAAGCUGCAGAAAAUCUUUCCAAAUAUAUUCUGUAGAUCACUUUUAGCACAAGUGGUGGAGGGUUAUGGGCUACAUAAUUCCUCACAGGGAAAGUACCACCUGGAUAGGUGAAUUGAAAAUAGGCAAUAUUUCACAUCAGCUGAUGCUCUGUAGUUAUUUCAUUCAUGUAUUUUUCAUGGCAUCCAAACUAUUGUGCUCAGAUCUAUUUUUCUAGAAAAAGAGGUGCCAGAACUCACCAUGAACCCCUCCCUCAUUCUUCUGAGAGGUGCCAGAACUGAGUUCCUGUGUGUUCUCCCUGAAAAAAAGGCCCUGAUUACGUUCUGACACACAGCUUGGAAAUUGCUGGCUCAGGAUGCAACCCAAUCCUGGCAAGGCUUAAAAGAGUGGUGGGGCCAUUGCUGCAUCCACAGCCCCACUGCGCAUGGUGUCAAGGGUGAAAGGGAAGGCUGAUUGCUGCACCAACCUGGAGAUGACACAGUGAAUGGACCCAGACAGGACCCUAUGCUAUCAUGUGGCAGCAGUGGGGCUGGCCUGAGAUCUUUUCCAGAGCUUUCUGUUGCCUUCUGUCAAUGGGGAACCCACCAGCAGCACUUUCACCCACCUGUUUGGUGGGCAGAAGGGUGGAUCUGCGCUAGAGAUGGGACACUGGCAUCACUCUGCAGACAGAAGCUGGCAGAGCUGGGCAGAGGAACCCUUUUGCCCAGUCCAAUUCACACCCCAGCCUGGUCCAGAGAAAGUACGGAUUUGAACUGACAAGCAAUUCCUCCGGAGUGCUUAUGCAGUGACCAUCUAUGGUUCACAUUGUUUUCUCAGCUUGCAUAAUUCUGCUGGUGGGAGCUGACUAGGAAUUUACAAAACAGAGAGGUUUGUCGUUUGUUCAGAUGGCAACCCACCCCCCACCCCCAGCCAUGCUUUGAGGUAAACAACAAGAUACAUUUUUUAAAAAUGACUUGUUUUUUAUUCAGCCGUUUUAUUUUAAUCUCCAGGAGCAGCUGCUGUAAUUGUGGGACAUCCUCUGGACACAGUAAAGGUAAAUAGUGUUGUGGUUGUUCUGAAAUCAGUUUAGUAUACCUCGGGUUACAGACGCUUCAGGUUACAGACUCCGCUAACCUCAGGUUAAGAACUUUGCUUCAGGAUGAGAACAGAAAUCGUGCUCUGGCAGUGCAGCGGCAGUGGGAGGCCCCAUUAGCUAAAGUGGUACCUCAGGUUAAGAACAGUUUCAGGUUAAGAAUGGACCUCCAGAACAAAUUAAGUUCUUAAGCAGAGGUACCACUGUAUACAAAACAGAAAGAGAUCAUGUUACAGAUAACAUGGGUACUCUUUGUAGUGAGAUACGUAGUAAGAAUCUUGCACACCGUUCAGAGAUUGAGGUGGUGUGCAACAGUGUGUGUGUGUGUGUGUGUGUGUGUGUGUGUGUGUGUGUAAAAGGACCCCUGGAAGGUUAAUUCCAGUCAAAGGCAACUAUGGGAUGUGGCGUUCAUCUUGCUUCAGGCUGAGAGAGCUGGCAUUUGUCCACAGAUGGCUUUCUGGGUCAUGUGGAAAGCCUGGGGCAGCAUUUCACAAAUGCAUGAAACACCCCCAUAGUUGUGUUUAGGGUUGCCACCUUUUCACUGACCCUGCUCUUAUGUCUUAACUUCAGAGAAGUCACAGAAAUAUCAGUGAAGUUUUCUCCAUAUUUUACCUGCUUAUUUUUUCCCCCUGCUGUUAAUUCACAGAAGCAGGACUAAUUUAAAAAUGGCAAAUCCUAGCUAUAAUUGGCAGGAAGUUUAGUAUCAUACAGUAAAGAAGUAAGUUGCAGGUGUCUGUAUGCUUUAUGCCGGGGGAGGGGGGAGCCCAUAUUGCCUUUUUUGUCCUGUUUCUGCAAUGUUCAGUUCGAUUUAUUGUGUUUAGCGAGCAGUCACUAUACACAUAAAAUUAAUAACAACAAGAAUACUACUAAUAAUAGUGGUUUACAUUUCUACUACCCGACCUCUACAGGAUAAAUCAUUUCCCAUUCCCCCUUUAAGUUUUGUUACACAAAUCUGUAAAGUUCUAAAGGAUAAAUAUAUGUACCUCUCUACAUCAGACAACAAAAAACAGAUCUUUGCAAGAGAUAUCCUUCCCUUCUGUAAUCUUAACAAUGGGUGGGUGCAAUUAUUUCUAAGGGCAUAAUAAAAAGGGCAAAAAGGGUUUCUGCAAUGUGAGUCAGAAAUGAAGGUCCAUGUUAUAGGAAACUGGUAGCUGCUCCAUUUGGGAGAUUCUUCUAGAGAUGGCCUACAUUUGUGUGUUUGUUUCCGUGGCUUGAAAAUAUCCAGUGCUUAUUUUUCUUAAAAAAUGUUUAGGGGUACUCUCAUUUUGACUCAAGAAAAUCACCAUUUCAUAGUUCAAAUUGGGAAAAAUAAAUACAGUAAAUGGACAAAAGUACAAAGAUUCACAAAAUGUUUAGGGGCAUGUGUACUCCUGCGUCCCCCCAGAAAAAAGCACUGAAAAUAUCUAAAGAGAAGCCACUGUGAGUGCAGAAAACACCACCAGAGUUCAGCUCCUGAUUCAGCAUGCCACUGUGAACAUUAUACCAUGGAUUUGCCAUGUUGCAACCCAAGGAGUCCUUGGAUGCACACGGAUGACGCUGUAGGUUGCAAAGAAGCCCUGAUUGUCCAUGUGAGACUCGGCCCUGAGACUGGGAGUCUGCUCCAACCUUGGUUUACAGCCUUGUCCAUUUUACGAUGCAGAAGAUGCUGCCUGUUGUCAGGGCCAGGAUAUUGAAGGAGACUGUUCCAGCGUGUAGCAAGUGCUGUCUUCCCAUGAACAGGGUUGUGGCUGUGCAUGCUUGGAGGGUUUGAAAGCGAGAGGCGUCAAAGUACAGUGCUUGGCUGAAUGCUCUCUCCCCCCCCCCCCUUCCUGCCGUCGCUGUGCCAGAGCACUAAUCGCAUUUGUGUGUUUACAAUUUGUUGUGCUGUCCAUGAAGCAAGCAUCGAAGGAAUAUGUGCCUUCCAGUUCUGGCAAAUGGAUUGUUUCAUACUGUCGCUGCUGGUAGUGCGUGCCGCAAGCCGACAAUAGGUCUUGUGGGAACAUUUUUGCUACGUUUCCUACAUUUGCUUGAGCACAGCCAAGAAACAAGCAACGCAUCUUUCAAGGCUUAAAAGACAACUGUCAAGCUGGCACCUUCUUUGCCCUUGGAUCUGGAUGCAGCAGGGGAAUAGCAACGAGGCAGCUUUGUUGCAUUUCCAAAUCAGUGGGGGGAAGGGAAAGGUCUUAAAUGGUGAAUGGAGAAGUGGAGUCAUAGAGUAGUUCAGUAUUUACUGAUGAACAUAGCAAAGGCGCAUCCUGAAGAAUAGGGGGGUGAGAAUGGGGAGCCGUGAGGAAUAGCUUGGUGCAUUGAAUGUGGAUUAUGUUCCAGUACAUCAGGUCUCUUCAAACUAACAAGUAAGCCAUGUAGGCCGUGCUCAGAGGGAGUACUUUGACAAAACUUUAAACCCCAUGAGAGAUCUGCCAGCCAGAGGGCUGAUUUCAGUGAACAAGAAAUUAAUGUGAUGGUCAGUGAAUAAAAGGAAUUUGGAAGGUAGCUUAAGCAAGCAUGACCUGGAUUUUAAUGUAGCUAAACCAGAUUGCUCUUAUGGUUUGUGUCUGUGUAUGGGUAAGUAUGGGAUUCAGCUUUCGCUUAAAGCCAGACAGAGACACUUAAGUGCAGCCCAGCACUCCAGUUUUUGAUGAGUCCUUGAGUAACAAAUCUGUUAAAUGAUAUAGUAUAAUUAACCAAGCAAAUAAUAAAAUAAAGAAGUGAAAAAGUAAAAGAUUGUGCUAAAUCCCACAUGUGCUGUCUCCCUCUCUCUCCUCUUUUCCUUUUUGGUAAGACAGUAAUUAACCUGGUAUUCUAUAAAGAAUUUAAAUGCUAUUUUCCAGACUGAUGUACAAGAUUAAUUCUCAUAAAUAAUAUAGGAUCCUCCCCAAUUUUUGUACUCUUUUUUGCCAAAAUAAAUAAUUUUAUCCUACAAUGUAGCAGUAUAUAAAUCUUUUAUAUUGUAAACUGUCCUGUGUUCCUCAGAUGAAGGGCUCUAUAGAAGUAGUAGUAAUCAUAGUAAAUAAUUCCUACAUUCAAAAUAUGUUGACAAUAGGGAGCUUUAGAUAUCACAGUGUGGUUAGAACUGCUUCUGGUAAUGCAUAGACUGGACAGAGAGCAUGAUUUGUUGCCCUGAUUUUUCUUUGGAACAAAGCAAGAAUUAUAGUCAAAUAAAAGUGGACAUUGUUUGUAAAGCAUGUGCUCUCGAUUAACUGGAAACAUAUUUCUUUCUGUUUAAUUUCAUAAUUGUGUUCUUCUGCAGACUCGCUUACAAGCUGGGCAAGGCUAUGGAAACACAUUUAAAUGUGUUCUCACUGUCUACAGGAAUGAAGCUGUAAGUAUAUAAUUUUGUCAGAAUACACCAUGACAACUCUAGAUUUGAAGAGGCCCUCAGCAUAGCAGCCUCUGAUCCUAUUCUGCUAGUGUCUCCCCCACCCACCUGCUCACCGUGGCAGCCUUAGCUGCUGGUGGGUGUUAGUGGCAGGCAGCAGCGUUGGUGAUCAGAGUGCCAAAAAAGGCUGCCGAGCAGUGUUUGGCCCAAGCAGGACAUGCCAGGUGCUGAAACUGUCCUUGGAAUAUACAACACUAAAUGGAUCAAUGGUCUAAUUUCAUGUAAGGCAACUGGCUCACAACUAACUAACCGACAUGGCCCAUUCUGUGGUGACUUGAGACAGGGCCUUCUUGGUGGCAGCACCCAGAUCGGACAGUUCUUUCCCUGAGAAAGUGUGAUAGUCCCACACACUGUCAAGCUUGAGAUAUCAGGUAAAAAGAUUUUUGUUGGAGAUAUGCUCUUCAUCCUGGGUCUUAACAGUGUUAUAACUCUACUGCUGCAUACCCUUCAACAUUUCUCCAAUGAAAAGAGGGACGUCCCAUUCCUUAAUGAUAAUUUAACUAUUUAUACCCCACACAACUUACUGGGUUGCCCCAGCCACUCUGGGCAGCUUCCAACAUAUAUAAAAAUGCAAUUAAACAUUAAACAUUACAAAAAAGCUUCCCUAUACAGGAUUGCCUUCAGAUGGCUCAGGGGUUGGAGAACUCCAAACCCUCCAACAUUUCUCCAACAAAAAUAGAGAUAUCCUAACAUACCCUCCAACACUUCUCCAAUGAAAAUAGGGACAUCCUAAGGAAAAGUGGGACAUUCUGGGAUCAAAUCAGAAACCAGGCCUCUGUAAAUCAAGGAUGUCCCUGGAAAAUAGGGACACUUGGAGGGUCUGCUGCUGUAUGGUGUCAUUAUUUUAGUUGUGCUGUUCUUAAACAUAUUGAGUUACUGUGUACAAUUGCUGCACUUGCUAUUGUGUUGCUCAGUGUCAAGAGGAAGGGAGGUGUUGUUUUUUAAAGCCAUCACUCUUGUCUUAUCUGGGUAAAACUGUGAUUUUAAAGCUUUCUGGAAGGAACAAUCAUACACAUUCUUAUUCACAUCCUACUUUCUUUCAUCUGCAGGUGGCUGGGUUCUUCAAGGGAAUGUCUUUCCCCCUAGUUAGCAUUGCUAUCUACAACUCAGUGGUAUUUGGUGUAUUUAGCAAUACCCAAAGGCUCAUUAGCCAACAGCGCUAUGGGAAUUCAAACCAUCCUCCAUCACUUGCGGACUUGGCUUUAGCAAGCAUGGCAGCAGGGGCUGUUUCAGUCGGAAUUGGUGGUCCAGUUGAUCUGGUAAAGAUAAGGCUGCAGAUGCAGACACAAACAUUUAUUGCAGGUAAAAGAAAAUCCAUUUUUUAAUUUCUUUUUAAUCUUCUGUGUUUGUUUCUAGCUUAUACUUUAUCCCACCAUAUAAUGAUAUGUUGGUGGUGUUACAGCUAGAUAUGACCAACAUAUAUGGCUCAUUCUUGUAUAUAAUAUUUUUUUACUCUACCAUGUUGUAAUGGGUUUAGGGGUUGCUCGUGCGUAAGUUGCCGCCACUCCUGGCUAGGUUACCUGGUUAACCCUUUCUGACUGAACAGCCUCCAGCAUCGUGACUGUCUCAGUCGCUGGCAGAAUCCGUCAGUGGGCGUUUCUUAAACUUCUUCCAGCACAAAAGUUCCUUGACGCCAAGUCUCCUCCUACUCUCCCUGCGCGGAAGUCUUCUGCGCAGGGAGGGUGUGGGCAGUGGAGUACCCGUACUCUCUCCGCUGGUCUCUGGCGAGGAGUCUUGGAGCCUCCUCCCCGAUUCCUCCAUCUGCCCCCCUUCUCUACUGGUGUUACGCUGAUUUCCUUCCCCAGCAGACGGGCUCCCUCUCUCCCUACUGGGACCCUCUCCGCCAUCCCUUUGGAGCCUUCCCUCCGCUUCCAGCUCCGAUGGCAGUUCCCUGACAUCCAUCUCCCCCCCAGGACCCCCCCCCCUCGGCCCGACCUUCUGAUCCAACCUCAUCCCUUUCCUCGGCCGAUGAUGUGGGGAAACCCCUGAAGGAGCUGUCGCCAUCCUCUGAGGAUUCAAAACCCGCUUCCCACCCGCUUCGAACUCUUGCCGUGGGGCGGGCCUCCCAGUCUGAUUCUUCUCCCUCUGACAUUUCCCCUCCUUCCUCUUCGGAGGCAGGAAAACCCACAAAUUCCUCCUCGUCGUCUGUGGUUCCAAAUUCUUCCUCCCAGAAUCUCGCUAGUGGUUUUGGUUUGUCUGGGAACAGGCUGUGGAAUUCUUCCACUAGAUACCCAUCAUCGACUGCCUCAGCGGGGACCCAAGUGUUUUCUGACUCGGGUUCUCCUUCCCAAGCCACUAAGUACUCCACCUGGCGCCCUCGCCACCUUGAAUCGAGUAUUUCCGUGGCUUGGUUGUGGAGUUCCCUCUCCUCUACCCGCGGGUGGGCGGUGACUCCUCCCUCCCGCCCUGGGAAUUCCCGCCCCUCCCUGUACGGCGAGAGUAGGGACCUAUGGAACACCGGCUGUAUCUUCAUGUUGUCAGGCAACUUGAGCUUGAAUGCCACAGGGUUCACCUGCUGUGUUACCUCAAAGGGUCCCAGCCGCCUGGGCUGCAACUUCUUGCACCCUCCCUUUAGGGGCAACCCUUGGGUUGACAACCACACUCGGUCUCCCACCCGUAUGCCAUCCACCUCCCGACGGUGCUUGUCUGCCUGCCUCUUAUAAACUUCCUUGGCCCGCUCCAAAUUCAUCUUGAGUUGCUGGUGCAAUGCCUCCAUUUCUUCCACAAACUGUUCUGCCGCAGGUACACUCCACCCUUCCUCCACCCUCCCAGGGAAGGCCCUGGGGACCCAUAAUUGGCCAUGAACGGGCUCAUGCCCAUGGACACAUGUUCAGUGUUAUUGUACGCAAAUUCAGCCAGCGCAAGUUUCUCUACCCAAUCGUUCUGCCUCUCGCUGACGUAGCAGCGUAGGUAUUGCUGGAGUAUACUGUUCGCUCUUUCUGCUUGCCCGUUGGUUUCCGGGUGUUGCGCCGUCGAGAAGCCCACCUCUACCUGCAGCAAGCUCAUGAGCUUCCUCCAGAACCGGGAAGUAAAUUGUUUCCCGCGAUCUGAGAUGACCCUCGAGGGCGACCCAUGCAACCUGAAGAUGUGAUCCACAAACAACUUGGCUGUCUCCUCUGCUGUAACCGCAUGUGAGCAAGCUAUGAAAUGGCACAUCUUCAUCAGUAGAUCGACUACUACCAUGACUGCUGUCUUCCCCCUGGACUUGGGCAAAUCUGUCAUAAAAUCAAUGGACACCACCUCCCAGGGUCUUCCCGGCGUGGGUAAGGGUUCCAGUAGCCCUGCGGGGCAGCCCUCUCCCCUUUGCCCUUUGGCAGCGGUCGCACCCCGUACAUAUUCCCGUACAUCCUCCCUCACCCUUGGCCACCAGAACUGCCUGGUGACGAGCAGCAUGGUUUUGUGCUGUCCAAAGUGCCCAGCUGUGGGGUUGUCGUGGAGUUGUUUGAGUACCUUCCCCCUCAGGGUCUCCCCCGGUACAUACAGCGCCCCCUUAUAGUACAGCACCCCUUCCUUUUCCUCAAACCCCCCUCUUCCGUCUCGGAGUUCCCUGAUUUUAGUUUGAGCGAACACGUCGUUUCUAGUAAGCCCAGCCAGUUCUCGUUUCCCAACCAAGGCUCCCCCACACACCCAUCGGUCCUCAGGGAUCACGUGUCGUAUCUCCGGUGGUCCCUCUCCUUCCAUGUACUCCGGCUUCUGGGAGAGAGCAUCUGCUCUUACGUUUUCCUCUCCCGGCACGUAUCGGAUCUCGAAGGAAAACUUAGAGAACUCCUGUGCCCAUCGAAUCUGUCUCUGGCUGAGUACUCGUGCGGUCCUCCAGUAUUCCAAGUUCUUGUGAUCAGUACAAACCUGGAUCUUGUGCUGCGCCCCUAUUAACAGAUGUCUCCAUCGGCGAAACGCCGCAUAGAUCGCAAGCAGUUCGCGGUCAUACACCGUAUAGUUUUGCUCCGACUUGCUCAGCUUCCUCGAGAAAAAGGCACACGGCUUCCAUUCCUGCUUGCUCCUCCCUGGCUGCAAAAGUACCGCCCCAAUGGCUCUGUCGGACGCGUCGGUCUCUAGCCUCAUGGGUUUCUCCAGAUCAACGUGUAGGAGCUGCUCUUCCGAAGCGAACGCCUUCUUCAGUCUUUCAAAGGAUUGCUGGGCACUUUCUGUCCAGGCGAACUUCCUUUUGCUACUGAGACAAUCUGUGAUGGGCGCCGUUAAGUGGGCGAAGUUCUUGAUGAACUUCCUGUAGAAGUUGCUGAACCCUAGGAACCUCUGCACAUCCUUCCGGGUUUUGGGGGCUUUCCAUUCCAGCACUGCCUGCACCUUGCUUGGGUCCAUAGCCAGUCCCUUGUCUGACAACUUGUACCCCAGAAACUCGACCUCUCUGGUGUGAAAUUGGCAUUUUUCCAGCUUGACCCACAACUGGUGCUUCUGCAGCCUCUCUAGCACUUCCCUGACGUCUCUGACAUGUUGCUUCUCAUUGUCUGAAUAGAUUAAGACGUCGUCCAAGAAGGCUACGCAGUUCUUGUACAGCAGGGGCCCCAACACGUGGUGCAUGAAAGCUUGAAAGCAGGCGGAGCCCGACUGUAAUCCAAAUGGCAUGACCAAGUACUCAAAAGCCCCUAGGGGGGUGAACAUGGUGGUCUUCCAUUCGUCCCCCUCCCUUACCCUGAUCAAAUUGUAUGCUCCCCUGAGGUCCAGCUUGGUGAAAAUUUCCCCCUGCCUCACCCGUGUUAAAAUGUCGUCAAUCCUGGGCAUUGGGAAGGUCACGAGUUCAGAUACCAGGUUUAGGGCCCGGUAGUCCACGACCAGCCUGGGCUGAUUAGUCCCUUUUUUGUCCACAAAGAACACCGGACUGCCCCCCACCGCCUUUGAUUCUCUUAUGAACCCCUCUUCAGGUUCUUGUCAAUAAACUGCCGUAACUCCUGCAUCUCCCUGUCCGACAUGGCAUACAGCUUACCCACCGGCAGCUGAGCCCCUGGGAUUAAGUUGAUUUGGCAGUCAAAGGGCCUAUGGGGGUAGUCUGUCCGCCUCCUUCUCGCUGAAGACUUCCUUUAGGUCAGCGUAUGGUGGUGGCACCUCUCCCUUUGUUUCCACCGCCAGCCCAGCCACCCUGGCCACUGUCCUUCUUGGGGUUCCCCCCCAGACAGUGUUCCAAACAGUAAGCUGACUCAAAGAUGACUGACCACUGAUGCCAUGACACUACUGGAUCAUGCAGUGCCAGCCAGCUCAUUCCCAGUAUUAUUGGGGGUCCUGCCAGUGUGGCCACGUGAAAGGCAAUGGUCUCCGUGUGCCUGGAAACCCUCAUUCGCAUUGGCGGGGUCUGGUGUGUCACUUCCCUCCCAGAAGUUCCCUGCCAUCGAUGGUGGUCACUUGCAAGGGAAAAUCCAGGGGUAGCAAGUGUAUUUGGUGCUCCAAAGCGAAGUCCCUGCUAAAGAAAUUGCAGGAGCUGCCCGAAUCCAGCAGCCCCUCAACCUUGACUGGGUGCCCAUUCGGGAGUUCUAGCACCACUGCUAUGGCUAUCGCUGCCCGGGGGGUCAGGCUGGGGCACUUCUAUUGGUUGCUGGCCUGGCUGCUGGCCCCUUUGGUUGGCAGCCAGGCGCUGUCGUUUCCCUGCGCCUGCCCUUCGUCCCCCUUCUCCUCACAGCCAGCAGCCCCCACCAUCCCUUGCCAGGCCUUUCUUUGAGGGCAGACCCUUGCAAAAUGUCCCGGCCGUUGGCAGAGGAAACACUUCUUGGUGGUUUUCCAAUCCUUCCCCUCCCUCUUGCGACCUUCACUGGAGUUUGAAACCUCGCGCGUGCUAUCUAUUUCCAUUGGCUCAGCCGCCUGGGAAAGCUGUCUUGGUAUUUCAGGAAUGCGGUAGUCAUGGCAACGUUCCCCUCUCACUUCGCGUUUCUCCUGAGCCCGCGCUUCCUGCCUCACUCCAAUCGCAAGCACAGCCUUGGUCAGCUGAUCCAUCGACUGCGGGCGGGGCGCGCAGGACAGCUCGUCCUUCACCGUUGGGGACAACCCCUCCUCAAACAACAUUUGAAUAGGUUCAGAGUCCAGAUCCCACCCGAGACGGUGGAUCAACAUUGCAAAGCGCGACCAGUAGUCUCUAACUGACUGGCUCCCCUGCUUGCACCCCAUCAGUUCUCGCCGAGUCACACUUUGCUGGACUUCACUGGAAUACAUCGCAUCCAUCGCCUGAAAGAAUUUCUUAAGGUCCUUCAAGGCAUGAUUUUGCGUCGCCAUAAGGGGCCUAAUCCAUUCCCUUGCCCCAUCCUCCAGAUGUCCCACAACGUAGGCCACCCGUUGCUCAUCGUUAGCAAAGUCAUCAUGCUGCAGUUCCAAAGCGUACUCUAUUUCCGUUCGGAACGCAUUGUAGUCCUGGGGUUUUCCCCAAAACUUGUGUACCAGCCCCGGUACCUUCCUUGCGAUGGGGGUAGGUCUGACCUGAGCAUCCUGAGCUCGUCUUUCGUCCAGCCGCGCCGUCAGGAGAGCUACAUGCUGUUCCAAAUCUCGGUUUCUCUCUACCAGACCUUGCACUGCAGCUGCUUGCUCCGUCUCUCCGGCUCCUCCGGUCUGGCUCAUGGUGCUGCCUCCCUGGAGCUACGCACAAGCAACAUCGGUGACUGACGGAUUGCUGUAAUGGGUUCCCUGACACAUGUGUUCUCAUAUGUGUAGAAUGAAGUAUACCUAAUACAACUCUCUUUUAGCAUUUAUGGACUAAAAAAGUUUAAAAUGCUUCUAAUUGCAGUUGGAUAAAUAUUUAGCCGCAUGAAGGUGCAAAGAUUCUUCAGAGUCCUGACCUCAAAUUACGUGAUGGAAAACAUACAGUGAAUAGAAGCAAUAUUGUGAGGCUCAUUCAUCUGAUAUGAGUGGAGAAUUUCUCUCGCUCUUUAAUUUCCAAGCUUUGAGCUACAGAGAACUACACAAGCAAAAAACAGUAUCUGCCACAGUAUUGUUUUAUUUCUUAAAGCAGAAAACAAAUAGAAAACAACAGUUUUUUUUAUAAGCUGUUAAGGCCGGAACAUGAGUAUGACAAAGAAAAUCUGAAUGUAUUGUACAGCUCAUUUUGAAAAGUGAGCUGUUGUUGAAAUAAAAAGAUUACCAUCAAAGCUGCAGGCAAUUUUCCUUCCUCCUCUUUUUGCCAUUGCUGUCAGUUUUCUCCCAGUGUAAUAUUACAGAGGGAUGUCAUCAAAACUAUUUGUCCUACAGGCAAACCGCAUCCCGUUAGUCACAUGUUUAAAUUAGUGUGAUUAGCACUUAAUCUGACCAGUUGUAUUUUAGAGAGCAGUUUCAGGGGCAAAAGGCAGACCAGGAAAUGGUAAUUGGCAGCAAAUUUGGAAUAGGACCAGAAUGGGAGCAGGUUCCAGAUUAAGGUUCUGCAGUGCAGAUACUUUUUAUUCAAAACAAGAGCAUCUGGAAAACACUUUUGUUAAAUAUGAAAGGUAGUUUGGACCUUAAAUUGCAAUCCCAAGCACCAGAGCCAGCACUGGGUUUGUAGGUAAGAUCCCCCCCCCCACCUUCCCAGAACCACCUGGGAAGAAUCAUAGAGUUGGAAGGGACCCUGAGGAUAAUCUAGUCCAACCCCCAGCAAUGCAGGAAUUGCAGCUAAAUAAUCCAUGACAUGUGGCCAGCCAACCUCUGCUUUAAAACUUCCAUAGCAGCUUUUAGUUAGACAGAGAUUUUCAAAACGAAAGAAGGAACAUAAAGGAAACAGACAUGGAAAGCGAUGUUCUCAAGAAUACUAGGUAACUUGACUUAUGUUUUUCCUUGCUCCAGCAGCCAACCUAAACCUGAAGCACAGAGCGGCUGGCUUUUCAGUAGAGACUGCUUACAGAGGUCCAGUUCACUGUGUUGGCAUGAUCCUUCGGCAGGAGGGUUUAGGGGGAUUGUACCGUGGUUCUUCUGCCAUGAUUCUGAGGGAUAUUCCAGGAUAUUGCUUAUACUUCAUCCCUUACACGUUACUUUGUGGAUGGAUCACUCCAGAUGGAUGCCUUUCUCCGAGUCCCUUUUCUGUGUGGAUGGCCGGUGGCAUUGCAGGUAUGUCCAUUUCUGUUCUCCUUCACCAGAAAUGAUGCUGUCUAGAGGCUUGAUUAAAUUUGAGCUCAUUUAUUCACUCCUAACAUGCUUUUUUUCUGUAGUGAUGGCAGUGUUAGUGGUAGCCCUAGAAGUGUUUUAAAUUGAAGACAUAUUGCGUUUAUUUAUCACAUAAGUUGCUCCUAGGAUUGCCAUCAGUAUUUUGAAAAACUUUAAUGUGCUUAUCUAUUAUAUGAACAUGCACGCUGUGCAGGGAGAGGCCCAGAAAAAUCUGUUAUUACUGUGCAAUGCACUGAUCAGUGUGCAUAAUUUAGCAGCCAUGUGCUGUGGCUGAUGUUGCACAAGGCAAUGAGGUGCCUGGCUGGCUGCCUCCUUCCACUUGGUGGCACAUGCCUUUUGAGCAGUAGAGUCACAGUGGAACGGAAGAGAAAAGGUGACAAAACAGGGCACACAGUCAGAAGAAGCUGACAUCUGACUGACACCUUGAGUCCACCAGCCAAGCCAAGCUCAUCUCCCCUUAAGGAUGAGCUAGCUCAGUCUCACUCAUCUGCUUGGUGCCUGCCUAAGUCCAAUAAUUUAGUUUUAAUUAUUUAAUUGGAUUUCUAUACUGCUUAAUCAGCCACAGCUCAAAGUGGUUUACAUGGUUACUUCGAAAACCUCCUUCUAACAACAAAGGGACACGGCAAAGGAAUGGUCUCCACAAUAUACAAACCACUGCUCCAAAACCCCACAGACCCCCUUGAUGUAAUUAAAAAACAAUUGGAGGACAACACAGACUAUGAGAUUAACCCCACCCAAUGGACUAGAAUGUGGUCCAAACCUCCCUUUAAAUCCAUAUCAGCGAUAAGGAAAGGACUCACCCUGAAACUCACUUACAGAUGGUACCUAACACCAUGGAAACUGAUGCUAAUACGCCCAGGAACCUCACCAAAAUGCUGGAGAGGGUACACCUUCACAGGAACAUACCUCCACAUGUGGUGGAAACCUGGACAUCAAUCAUACAAGAAAUAUGUGAAAUAACUAAGCAAGUAUUAGAAGUCACCCCAGAACUGGCCCUACUAAACAUCUUCCAAGAUAAUAAUGCCCACUCACAUCAUAAAGAGCUCAUAACCCACUUACUCUCAGCAGCCAGAAACAUCAUGGCCAGACACUGGAGAGACCUGUCAGGAGUAAACAUGGACCAUUGGUAUCAAAUAGUAUGGGAAACAUCCUUAUCAGAAAAGCUAACCAAUACCCCGAAACUGACAUGGGGACAAAUAGAAGAAGACGCCUUCACCCCGGUUUGUUUCCCCUUUAUCACAUACACAGCCCAACAAGACAACAAGAAUCCCCUGACAGCAUACGAAUCAAUCUGGAUAACCUUAUUAAAAAAUACACACUCACACCCCACUCACAUACAAAAACAAUUCUCACUACUGCAACCAAAGACAACCAGCCACACCCUUAGCCACACCCAACCUCUCUCACCACCAAGGAAAUACAACAAGUAGAUAGUAAGAGAACCCAUACAAGUAACGCUGACACAACCCCUCACUCACACUAAGUAGAAUAAUAGAAGCAUAACCAUCCAACCCGACCCCACCCCACUCACCUCUCCCACUCCCACUCCCCCACUUCCCCCAUUAAUUUUUUUCUUCUUUUUCCUAAUUGUUUAAACCAAUUCAUAAACCAAGAAUUUAUACAUUGAUCACGAAUAGUGAAACAUAUGUUCUAGAUACGUAUUUUCCCACAUUUAUUGUGCUGUUUUUGUGAUAUACAAAUGACAUGAGAAAACUUGGUAUGCUUAUUUGUAUAUUAUUAUUCUUGUUUAUAAAACCCAAUUAAAAAGUGGUUUACAUGGACUAUAGUGGGAGGAAUUCAACAUUUCGCUCUUCUCAACAUUCUGCCAGUGCAAGCGUUUCUGCUUGCCAGAAGAAACAAUCCUCCUCUCCUCUCCACCAUGAGAUAUGGGGGGGGGGGUUUCCUCCUGAUCAGCCAGAGUGGAUUUGGGGGGAAGCUUGAGCUUUGAGGGAAAAUCCCAGAACAGCAGAGAGCAAGGAUUGUUCCAUCUGGCAAGCUGGCAUUGAAUUCCUCCCUAUGCAUUUUUAUGAGCAUGGAUCUUUCAUUGUAAACCACCCUGAUAAUUUCUGUAGAAGGAUGGAGCAUCAUUUUACUUAUAAAAUAUAGUUUACUCCACUGUUGGCUCUCUGUUACUGAAGAGCAGAAGCCCAGCUGAAGUAAGUAAGUUAAGUGACAAUUCCAGCACAUUAACACCAUCUCACUUGAAGACAAAGUAGCUGCCAGUUAACAAGAAGAGGACCUCUAGUACCAGGCAUAGGCAAACUCCGGCCCUCCAGAUGUUUGAGACUGCAAUUCCCAUCAUCCCUGAACACUGGUCCUGUUAGCUAGGGAUGAUGGGAAUUGUAGUCCCAAACAUCUGGAGUUUUCGUAUGUCUGCUCUAGUAUUUCACAACACUGACACCAUCUCAAGUCACUGUCCUGUAAAAACACAUUUAGCCCAAUGUGAAAAGCCCCAGAUUUAACUAUAGCAAGCAAUCCAUAUUUAUGAAACUGUAGUGCAUUAACAUUUCACAACAAAUACCACAUUCAAAACUCUGCAGUUCUUAAAUGUCACCUCUUUUUAGUACUGAAUAGAGAAACACUUAGGAGAAGGGGGAGGGGGAAAUAAGUCAUUGAAUAAAAUAGGUCAAAAUCUACUUACGGAAGUCUCACUUCCCUGCUGUAGCAAGAAACGUUGACAAGCUUGUCUGAAGCAGAUGAGGUAAUUUUAAAUGGCAAGCUAGGGCCACUUCAUAAGUGGAUAUAUUUGUUAUUAAGUAAAAGUACACCCGUCUGCCAUUCAACAAACAAUGAGCAUGUUGUAUUUAGACAAGCAAGCCAAGUACCAUUAGCUACCAAUCUAACUUUAUUUUAACCAGGUAGCAAAAUUCACAUUAUUUUAAGUUACAUUUCAUAUUCUAGCAUAUUUUUUAUAGCUUGACUCCUAAAGACGACUACCAUUCUCUUUGAUGAAGGUGCUCAGAAGACCUUUUGUAUUCAUAUAUAAUACUUUCCCUUUUUCUCGUAGGAGCAAUAUCUUGGGGAACAGCCACUCCUAUGGAUGUUGUCAAGAGUCGCCUUCAAGCUGACGGGGUUUAUUUGAACAAAUACAGAGGAGUCAUUGACUGUAUCUCCCAAAGUUACCACAGUGAAGGUCUAAAAGUAAGCACUAUCAAAAUACCAAAUAUUAGGAAAUAGGUUUUGGCAACAAGUUGCAUGUGGGUCUAUUGUCCCCAUGGCAGCCCUUAUUUACAACUUAACUAGCACAGUUAUGCAUAAUGAAGAAAUGGAAUUCAAGUCCAAAUGGCCUUGAAUAGCCGUGAUAACCAUCCUCUGCCUCCAGUAAAUGGGGCCUACCCACUUUUUUAUUUUCAGGGCCCACUUUAUUUCUAUGAUUGUAAACUGUUUUUAACAUGGUGUUUUAUUUGUUGUAACUCACUCUAGGACCUUAGGGUGGGGGGUAGGUAAUUAAUAAUAUUACUUGCCAAGCUGUGGUGGCAGACUGCACAUCCCCCAUUUCCAUGGACCAUAAUUUUUACAGACAUUCCUUUCCCAAGUCAAAAAUGUUGCCUCAUGUCAUUUGAAAAUCAUGCAAACUAAAAAAUUAUGGCUUGAAGUUUUCCCCAUUAACCAUUGUUGAUCAUGGAGCUGUUUAUAACUGAUAAGAAACCACUAAACAAGGCUAGCUAGUUGUUCUGGUAAAUAUGAAUUAUCCUCAUUUUGCGAUGUGGGAAGCAGGCACGUGGAAUGUCAGUACCAAUAAAUCAGCACUUGCUUAUAGAUGAUUAAAUCAUGCUAUCACUUACCUCAAUCAUCAUCAUCCCGUUUAUCUCAGCUCAUCAGCCUUAGGAUGCCGCCAUGAAUAUUCCCACUGCCAAUUUAUAUUGCCUGCAGCCACCCACAGCUGUAUAAACAGAUAUAAUCAGUGGAAAAAACAUCACCCCAGACAACUCCUUGUUGUCUAUACGGCAUCCCAAUUGUGGAAACUUCUCCUUCUGAAGUUUGUCUAGCACCUAAUUUAUUUAUUUUCCAGUGCCAGGUGAAGACAGUUCCCUUUCCCCAGUCUUUUGGAUAGGCCUUCUGAAUAUCUGAGACCCAUAUGACCGAUGGGGGUGCUGAUAUGUUUUUAAAUGUAAUUUUCAUACUGCGUCUUAUACUGUUGUGACUUUCCCAGUGAUCGAUUAUGAUGAGGGGUGGAAUAUUGAUUUAUUUAACUUAAUAAAUAAUAAUUUAUAUUUAUACCCCGCCCAUCUGGCAGGGUUUCCCCAGCCACUCUGGGCAGCUUCCAGCAAAAUAUUAAAAUACAAUAAUUCAUCAAAUAUUAAAAGCUUCCCUAAAGUAACCUGGGCAAAACACUGCUCACUGACCAGUCCCUGUAUCCAUUUCAAAUAUAUAUAUUUAAAAAUCCUCUUUAAAAAAAAAAAAAAAAUCACUUAAGGGGGGAAAACCACCUUGUUCAAAUUAAUUUUGGCUCUAUGCCUAGAAACAUAAAAGCACAAAAGAGAAAACCAUCAACGAGGAGAACAGACAUGGGAGGAAAGAUUCUCCUGAAAUCCAUUGUCAUGGACUGGCUGGAUGCAGAAGAUUUGUGGAAGGCACCAGCCAGGGAACCCCCAACAGAACCACAUGGGGAGGAAGGCUCAGAGACAGGGGAUUGGUGGUGGAACAGCAAUGAGUGGUCAGAGGAAGAAGGAGCAAUCUGGGAGGAGGAGGUGUCAGCAGCAGGAGAAGUGACAGGGUUUAGUGAGAAGGAAGAGUCUGAGAUGGAUUGCAGUUCAGACUCUGAGGCUGCAGAGGAGGGGGGUCAUUUACAGUGCUGGAUUUAUGUAUAAACUAAACAAGGUAUAACUUAGGGCCCCACUCUUUUGGGGGCCCCAAUUUUUUUUAAAGAAAAAGAAAACUGGAUCUACAUUGCCAAAAUAUAAGAUAAAAAACAAAUAAAAUAAAACAUACAUACAUACAGCAACAGUGUUUUCUGUUGUGUAUGGACCUAUGGGGAUGUGGGUGGCGCUGUGGGUUAAACCACAGAGCCUAGGACUUGCUGAUCAGAAGGUUGGCGAUUCGAAUCCCCGUGACGGGAUGAGCUCCCAUUGCUCGGUCCCUGCUCCUGCCAACCUAGCAGUUCGAAAGCACGUCAAAGUGCAAGUAGAUAAAUAGGUACCGCUCCAGUGAGAAGGUAAACGGCGUUUCUGUGAGCUGCUCUGGUUCGCCAGAAGUGGCUUAGUCAUGCUGGCCACAUGACCUGGAAGCUGUACGCCGGCUCCCACGGCCAAUAAAGCGAAAUGAGCACCGCAACCGCAGAGUCGGUCACGACUGGACCUAACAGUCAGGGGCCCCUUUACCUUUACCUUUACGGACCUAUUAGGUCCAUAAAUUACCAUAUAGCAUAUAUUCAACACAAAAAACAGUGACAAUUUGUCAUUGACAAAGGACAGCUGUAAAUAUAAAGGGCCCCAUUACCUUCAGGAGCUUAGGGCCUCAUCAAACCUAAAUCCAGCCCUGGUCAUUUAUCAGUUAUCACAAUCCUUUUAGAACAUUAAUGAGAAAACCAGAGUCUCCUGAUGUCUAAUUCCCAUUCGUUAGGCCCUAUUCCAAUUAUGUUCUGUCCAAAAUACAAAUUGAUAAGCUCUUUUGCUGUAAACUUUCCUUCUUUGUUUUGAACAGGUCUUUUUCAGGGGCCUUACAGUGAAUGCAGUGCGAGGAUUCCCAAUGAGUGCUGCCAUGUUUCUUGGAUAUGAACUUUCACUCAAAGCUCUAAGAGAACAAGCAGAAGCAAAUCCUUGAAUUCCAGGUCAGCUGCAUGGUAACGUUUUGAGAUUUCAUGCCUUUUCUGUCUAUACAGCUAGGGAAUUAUUGCAACACCAAGGUAGACAGUGAUGCUGCAUAUAUUUAUUUGAAGGCAAUUUCCACUUAAACCAGUUAAAAAUACUUUCACAUAAUUGUUAAAAUCCAGCACAGACUUGAAUGCUCUCCAGCACAUUAAAUCAAUGUAAAACCAAUUAAAGUUGUAUUCCUGCAUGGUCUGCCUUGAGAAUGAGUCUCAUUCAACUCAUUGAAGUUUACUUCUAGGCAUGUGUGCAUAAGAUUAGACUUUAAAUGAACCAGAUCGUCUAGGAAUGGAGGAGAAAUUCAAUUUAGUACUUAUGUAAAGUCAAAUCUACCAAAUAUGUACUUUUUGAAGCAAUAUAUGAACCAAGACACACAUUUGCACUGCUCUGAAUUUUGUGAUGCAGUUCUUCACCCAAACAAUAUUUACAGCAAUGCAUAUAUUAGGGGAAAAUAUGCAUAACAUGAAAAUAUUAGUGAAAAUUACAUCCAAAAAUGCAUAACAGUAGGGGUAAUUGCUUACAAAAAAUGGUACAUUGGUCAAAACUGCAUAUAAAAAUAUUUUAGUUAGGAGAAAUUUGCAUGAAAAUUGACUUUUCGUGAGGAUUUCUUUUUUAAAAAUCUCAAAUUGCUGCAAAAUGUGGAGAACGUAAUUUAAGAUUUGAAAAUGAGAUAUGGAGAGAACUAAAACUGACAGAUCCUUCGACCCCUUAACCUUUGUGUCGGAUUGUUGCCACUAAGUCCACCAUUCCCUCAUUUUCAGACAGAAGCACCAUUCUUUAUAUAGCUAAAACUGCAUUGUGCACACACAAGAGGGCGGUAUCAGCUGGCUUGAGAGAAUCCCAAUGUUUGCAGAAGUAAAAAUAAAUAAAAAUUAAAAAAUAGCGGAGGAAGCAAAACCCAAAUAGCCUUUGGGAACAUAAGCUGCCAUACAGUGUCAGAACACUGGUCUUACCUACCUAUCGUCUACACUGACUGGUGGCACCUGUCCAGAGUUCCAGAUGGGUCUCACCCAGCCUGACACAGCAUAGUUCUGGUCAUGGGAGUAGCUUACUCAGAACGGGCCCAUCCAGUAGAUCUGUUGCAGGAAUAUUGACCAUGUUUCUGGAAGUUGGUUUUGGCUUUUCCAAGAAACUAGUUUAAGCUUUAUAAGCUCUUAAACAUUCACAACCAGUUCAACCAGAGAUGAUGCAGGAAUUCCAAAUUAAUGUGUGUACCACAGGCACCAGCUACAGUACAAUAUCAAUGUCUCCAAAAUGUUGCUGUAUGUAGCCAGCUUGUGGGAUUGCUUUUCUGAUGACUGUUUCUUUUGAUCCUAAGGGAACUUCUGUACUUGACCAUUGCUUUCACUUCCUAAACCAAAUCAACUGCACGGCCUUGAUCAGAAACUUGAUUUUACCAACAUGGAAUAUGAAGUGA